GCCCAAGAAAAGUAAAAGACCCUCCGUUGCACUCAAACUCUGACAAGAUUCAACCAUUUUGAAGUUGUAAUAAGAAUCCGGGCGUCUCUGGACCGCCACGUUCGAGAGUAGUCUGGUCGGCCUGAACGGCUACAGAGCUAAAAGCCACGUUUGCUUCCAGCUGAUUUUGGUGCUAAAAGAAACAUCUUGAAGAUAUGGGUGAAGAAGUGGGUAUAUUCAGUGACGGUCAUGCCAAUAGCGGCGAUCGGACUCGGACUCAUAAUCAGAGCCAGAGCCAGAGCCGUGUGAUAGACAUAUACCCUUUGAGCAGCUACUACUUUGGAUCCAAAGAGGCCCUUCAUUUCAAGGAAGAGACUUUAGCUGAUCGUACUCAGAGAUUGAAAUCCAACUAUGCUGCUCAUGGAUUGAGGACGUCUGUGGAAGCAGUUAUUGUGGUUGAAUUGUUUAAACAUCCCCAUUUGCUGCUGUUGCAAGUGAAAAAUUCAUUCUUUAAACUUCCUGGUGGCCGAUUAAGACCUGGUGAAUCAGAUAUUGAUGGAUUGAGGCGCAAAUUGUCAAGGAAGCUAUCUCUUAGUGAGAAUGGUGAUGGGAUUGAUUGGGAGGUGGGAGAAUGCCUUGGGAUGUGGUGGAGGCCUGACUUUGAAACAUUGCUUUAUCCAUACUUACCUCCUAAUGUCAAAAGGCCUAAGGAGUGCACAAAACUUUUCCUUGUGAAGUUGCCAGUAAGCCGGAAGUUCAUUGUGCCAAAAAAUCUAAAACUGCUUGCAGUUCCAUUAUGUCAGAUUCACGAAAAUCAUAAGACAUAUGGACCGAUUAUAUCAGGAGUCCCACAGCUGCUAUCCAAGUUCUCCUUCAACAUUAUUGGAUCUUAAAAUCUACCAGUGCGUAUUAUAAUAGAGAGUGCUUUAUGCUAAAAUAUACAGGGAUGAGCCAUAAGAAUGUGUUUUGGGGAUUGUUUUUAGCCCAGGCAUCUAAUUUUGUUUUUUUACCGAAUGUUAAUGUUAAAACACUUGUAUAUAUUAUAGCUAUCACUAUAGGUAAUUGAGUAAUUGACAGCUCUGGAUUUGUACUGAUGGAACACAGAAUUGAUACACGAUAAUGCUUGAUUCCUUUUCUUUCGCCUUGA